AUGAAAACCGCAAAACUGAUUACGAUGGGCUGCAAGGUCAACCAAUACGAUACACAAUCCAUGCGCGAGACGCUCCGACGCAACGGAUAUACUAUUGUUGAUAACGAGACAUCACAACAGCAGGCUGACCUCUAUCUCAUCAACACAUGCACAGUAACAAAUGCCGCCGACCAGAAAGCACGGCAAGCCAUCCGGAGAGCGAUCCGGCAGCACCCGAACGCAAAAGUGCUCGUCACAGGUUGCUAUGCUGAAAGCGACCGCGAGGCGAUUGAAGAGAUACCCGGCGUGACGUUCGUUUUCGGUAACCGAGAAAAGGCGGAUUUUCAGCAGUAUCUCGAUGUAUUGCAUACCGAAACAGCAUCUGGGGCGAGGUUAGAAACCGCGCCAGCAGAGGCACCUCACACGCUCAACCCACUCCUCGCUAUAGAACCCGUCCAACACGAUGCGGUUCGCGAACACGCACGCUUUAGUAAAGGUGUCAGUGAUGCCGGCAAACGCACGCGUGCGCUCAUCAAGGUGCAAGACGGAUGCAGUGCCUUCUGUACCUACUGCAUUAUCCCGUAUGUGCGAGGUAGGAUGACAAGCCGUCCACUCAAUGACAUCGCCGAUGAAGCACAUCGCAUCGCUGACAGUGGUAUCAAAGAGGUGGUCAUCACCGGCGUGCAUCUCGGUGCUUACGGCGUAGACACCGAUAGGGAAAAAGACAUCGCUGACAUUUUAGAGCAUAUCCACGACAUUGGAGGCAUCGAACGCAUCCGCUUCAGCUCGAUCGAACCGAUGUAUUUUCCAGAUACCCUUGGCGAACGGAUGGCGGCACUUCCAAAAUGCAUGCCGCACUUUUCAUCUCCCACUCCAAGCCGGUUCAGAUGA